AUGGCAUUAGAUACAAACAACAACCAACAACCACAUGCUACUACGACGACAUUGAUAACGAACAAAGGCGAUGAAUCGGCAUUACCUAUGUAUAUAGCCGAUAAUAAUGAUCAACGCAUGGCCGCUCUUGAGGAUUGGAUACACCUCUUGGAACGAGUGUUCAGGUCAUAUUGCGUAGAUGAUGAGGUGUUUUAUCUCUUGAACGAAUCCGUUAGACCACCGGAAACGAAACAAUGUCGCCAUGGCAACAACGUAUCAUCGCAACAAGCUCGAUUGGGUUGCUUCUUUCGUCGAACAUCUCCGAUGAAAAGCAACAGCCAACGUCAACGCUGGAUACGAGUACCAAAUGCAGCAGGUCGGCAAACGGACCUUUUGUCAACAUCAUCAUCGAUAUCACCAUUAGAAGAACCAGAAAGUGAUACGUCAAAAUCACCAACAUCAUAG